GUGGAGAAGGAAAAACUCCCUCCUUCACCUUACUUUCCCGGUCUUCAAAAUUGUUUCAACUUCAAGCUCUCUGACUCCGUCCGUUGUGUUCUCUCUCUCUUCUCUCUCUGUGUCAAGUCUUCUUGUUCUUGUCCAAGCGCCAACAGACGAUCAACCGUCUAGAAAUUACGAUGCGAAGGGAGUUCCAGUUAUUUCUUGGACCUGUUUGAGAUCGAGGUGGCUUCAGGGUUUCACUUUGGGGUCUGUUCUGAUGAGUUUGGGAAUGACAGGACCUGAGGAAGUCUCGGUUGAUGCUAUAACUUUAUUUGUGUUACUUCUUAGCGCUUGUAUUAUAAUCGGGCAUCUUCUAGAGAAGAGUCAGUGGCUGACCGAAUCAAUUUCUGCCCUUCUGAUUGGCCUUUGUUGUGGAGUUGUAAUCCUACUAAGUACUCAGGGGAAAAGCUCUCACGUCUUAGUAUUUAAUGAAGAACUGUUCUUUAUUUAUCUCCUUCCACCUAUUAUAUUUAAUGCUGGUUUUCAGAUGAAAAAGAAGCAUUUUUUCCGAAAUUUUUCUACAAUCAUUUUGUUUGGUGCUGUUGGUACUUUAAUAUCCUUCUUCAUCAUAACGCUAGGUUCACUACAACUAUUCAAAAAAUUGGAUAUUGGUUUCCUGGAGAUUGGAGAUUAUCUUGCACUUGGAGCUAUCCUUUCAGCUACAGAUUCUGUUUGCACAUUACAAGUUCUUAAUCAGGAAGAGACACCUUUACUGUAUAGUCUAGUCUUUGGAGAAGGUGUAGUUAAUGAUGCCACGUCUGUAGUACUUUUCAAUGCAAUCCAGAGAUUUGACCUUUCUCAUAUCACCUCAACCAUUGCCUUGCAAUUUAUUGGCAACUUUUUAUAUUUAUUCUUCACCAGCACGGUGCUGGGGAUAGGAGUUGGAUUGCUUAGUGCGUACAUAAUAAGGAAACUGUACUUUGGCAGGCACUCUACUGAUCGUGAAGUUGCCCUUAUGAUUCUAAUGGCUUACCUUUCAUACAUGAUGGCUGAACUGUUCUAUCUGAGUGGUAUUCUCACUGUGUUCUUUUGCGGGAUUGUCAUGUCACACUACACAUGGCAUAAUGUGACUGAAUGUUCAAGAGUCACAACUAAGCACACUUUUGCAACAUUGUCAUUUGUCUCACAGAUUUUCAUCUUCCUAUAUGUUGGUAUGGAUGCGUUGGACAUGGAAAAGUGGACAGUAGUAAGCAAGAGUCCUGGGACAUCGGUUGGGGUGAGUUUAAUAUUGCUUGCCUUGGUUCUGAUUGGACGGGCAGCUUUUAUAUUCCCCCUAUGUUUUAUAUCCAACUUAACUAAGAAGUCUCAGAAUGACAAAAUUGGGUUUAAGCAGCAGGUGACCAUUUGGUGGGCUGGACUCAUGCGAGGUGCUGUAUCUGUGGCACUUGCUUAUAAUCAGUUCGCUAGGUCAGGGCAUACUCAAAUGCUGGGGAAUGCAAUAAUGAUCACCAGCACCAUCACAAUUGUUCUUUUUACUACUGUGGUGGGUGGAUUACUGACAAAGAGUCUUGUAAGAUUCUUGCUUCCACUGCAGAAGCACUCGGGAAGCACGAUGAUGUCUGAUUUUUCUUCUCAGAAGUCCCUAAAUCUUCCACUUCUCAUUGGACAAGAGUCGGAGGCUGACAUUGGUGGUACCAACAUACCUCAGGUACCUAGUUUACGUAUGCUGUUGACCACCCCGACUAACACUGUACACCAUUAUUGGCGGAAAUUUGAUGAUGCUGUCAUGCGUCCCGCAUUUGGCGGGAGGGGCUUUGUUCGCUAUGCCCCUGGUUCACCACCAGAGCUAGUUGUCCAGUGAUGAGAAAUGGGAGAUAUAGGUGUAGGAAAUAUUGCGAAUUUUGAAGACACUAGGCAUAUAGAGUUAAUAUAUUUCUGGGAAUUUAGCGUUUAUGUAAGUAAAAAGGGGACUCGUUUGUUGGAUGAAAUGGAAAGCCAACCGACACUUCUUCCUCUGCUCCACAUGAUGUGUGUCUAGUGCGAUGAGGUGAGGAAGGCCGUGAAUUCUGAUUACUUGCAUGUUACCCACUCAAGGUUUAUCUACAUGGAUAUAUUUUAUAUAUACUAGUAAGGUACCACGAGCGAUGCACGUGGGCCCAGUGGAUGAUUUUUGUUA